GUUGUGGGGGCGGUGGGGUGCAGGAGGAACCCCAAGCGGCUGCUGCCGCAAGAAAGAAGGGAGGCUCACCACCGAUCAUGAUGGAAACACCAGCCGAGGUGCGAGCGGCGUUCGGGCUGUUCGACUCGGAGGGGAAAGGCUACGUAGCGGCGGACCUUUUGCAGGCGCGUCUCUUGGACGCUAGCUCCAGGAUAUCGGCCCGGUACCUCAAGCAGUUGCUGAGUCGAGUCUGCAGAGUGGCUGGAGACGGCAAGCGUUUAUUUUUCGAGUACAAGCUGCGUCUAAAGAAUCUGACAACUGAGGGCAGCAGGCUCAGGGCGGAAGAGAAGGGAGGGAAGGAGGAGGAGGAGAACGCGGGGGAAAGCGAAGACGCGGAAACGAAGCAGGGCGAAGCGACGGGGCAAGGCGUUACGUCGGCACCGCCUUUCGCUUAAACGAGCGUCGGGGCGCCUCACGGUGUUCGAGCCCCCC